CUCUCUCUUCUCUGUGAGGACUCUGUGUCUGUACCUCACAAGAGGGAGCGACGCUUUACAACAAGCGCGCACACUCGUCCGAAUAAGAAGAAGAGGAGUAGGAGGAGGCAGCCCAGCUAGGAGCGAAGGCUAUAGCCGGGCAUCUUCAUCACGACUAUCAGUUGGGUGAACGCUUCAGUCAGCGACUCAUCGGUUCACGAGGGGAAAAAAAAGAAACUUUUCCUUUCAUCUCUCUCUCUUUCUCUCUCUUUCUCUCUCGCCGAAAACAUAUAUAAAAUAUACAGGCACGACAUAGCGCGGGCAAUGUUACAUACCUUUGAUUUGUUUUGUUGAUUUCCGUCAAAAAAGAUCGAGCGCGUGUUUGUUGUUUGUGUGUUUUCGUGUUGGUGUUUAUUGUGAGUGAUUGGAACACGUCCGGUCCGGACCACAUUUACAUCCUUGUGCAGGAUCUCUCGACACAUGGACGACUAGAUUUCUUAACCGUUUGACCUGAGCGGGAGAAAAAUGACGGACGAUGAUGGACUCUUAAAAGCCAAGGAUUGAUUCUGCCGCCGCCGCUGCUCGCGUUUGUUUGCAAACUCAUCAACGUACCUCCUUCUGCCGGACGUAAUAGACAGAGACGCCCGGAAUCCUCCUGCGCUGUACGUGGUGUAUAGCAUUCACGGGCGUGUGCUGGACCCGAAAUCCGUCAAACCAACUAAUCAGUGGGACACAAGAGGAAAGCGGAGCUAGCGUACAAUUACGGAAGAAGAUGGCACAAGGUUCUCCGCAGCGACACUUUUUGUCCAGCAAUUUAUGUAGUGGAAACUUGAACAUUGCACGCCACAUUGGCUAAUCGGAUCCGUCAUCGACUCUGCUGCUGAGACUUUUUGACUUCUUGACAUCAGCUCGAGUUGGACGUGACGAGUCUAAUUGAUCGAUCACUUUCAUUCCCGGCAUGGCGUCGGAAAGCGUUUGGCCGGAUCAGUCGGCCGACAUGACGGACGAAGGAAGUGGUGCCGACAAAACCCUGCUGGACGACGCAAUGGGCCUGGAGGAGCUCAUGGCCCUCAACAUCACCAACGAGAACGAACUGGACUGCCUCUUUAAUUUCUUGCGCGAAUCCUAUCCGCCGGCCGGAUUCGAGGCCAUCACUUCCUUCUGCAACAGCACCUGGGACGGAGUCAGCUGCUGGCCGACGACGCUGGGCGGCUCGACGUCCGUCCUGCCCUGCGUCGACGAGCUGAACGGCAUCAAAUACGACACGACACAUAACGCGACGAGGGUCUGCCAGCCGAACGGCACAUGGGCCAACUACAGCAAUUACCGGUCGUGCGUCCCGUUGUCGUCGGACUUUGGCGGCGCGACGCCCGAAUAUGGCGUCGGCAUCAGCGAGGACACGACCACCAUCUACUUCACCGGUUACACCGUCUCCAUCGUGGCGCUGACACUCGCCAUCUGGAUUUUUAUUCACUUCAAGGACCUACGCUGCUUGCGCAACACCAUUCACACGCACUUACUCAUCACGUACAUCAUGGCCGACCUGCUCUGGAUCGUCACGGCCACUCUGCAGUUGUACCGGGGCGAGACCAACAAAGGAUCUUGCAUCAUCGUCAUUUUCUUGCACUACUUCCACCUGACCAACUUUUUUUGGAUGUUCGUCGAAGGUUUUUAUCUCUACAUGCUCGUCGUGGAGACGUUUUCUGCCGACAAGAUCCGGUUGCGCAUCUACGCCUUUAUCGGCUGGGGGAUUCCGUUGCCGGUCGUCAUCGUUUGGGCCGUCGUCAAAGCCAACUGGUUCACCUACACGUCGACCGAAGGCCAGCACCAGAAGCUGGACCUGGAGUCGUUCCUGGCCAGCUGUCCGUGGAUGGCGGCCAACAGUUACGACUGGAUCUACAUGACGCCGGCCAUCGUCGUACUUUUCGUCAACAUUCUCUUCCUUGUCAAGAUCAUGUGGGUUCUGAUAACGAAAUUGCGUUCGGCCAAUUCGGUCGAGACGCAACAAUACCGCAAAGGCAGCAAGGCCCUUCUGGUGCUGAUCCCGCUCCUCGGACUCACUUACGUCCUGGUCAUCGCCGGCCCGACGGAAGGACUCAUCGCCAUUUAUUUCUCACACAUUCGAGCUGUCCUACUUUCCACACAGGGGUUCCUGGUGACCCUCUUCUUCUGCUUCCUGAACACGGAAGUGCGCAACACGUUGAGACACCACUGGACCAGGUGGAAGACGACCAGUCGCUGGCUCGAACAUUCCCAGAACCACAGCAGCCGAAGUAAUAGGUGUGGCACGGCGAUCAACAGCAAGCGCAACUCCAAGGAUGGAUCUCGAGCUCCAUGCGAGAGCACCAGGCUGUACAGUAACUUCCCGGAUCGCAACCGCUGUAAGCGAGACUCGUCUUUCAGCGAAGUGACGACGGUCGCCUCAUUUGGUCCCAAUUCAGCCAUCCAUUUGAACACGCUGGGACCGUUCAACAGCAACGAUGGUGUGGUGGCAGGUCAUCAACCGGGCGAGCUAUCGAUCGGCGCCUCGACGUGUUUGCUGACCAGCAGCAACGGUGGCUCCAUCAGCGGCACGGUGACGGCCGUCGGCCGCUACGGCGACGACUGCGGUGAACGCUGCGACACCAACCUGCUGGAAAAUCAAGUCUAAAGAAGAAGAAGAAACGGAGUCAAGCGGGGGGGUUGGAGUCCAACUUAUUACGCUCAUCAGCAGCUCACCAAAGUUCUCUGCAAAACAAUCAAAUUCUCGAAAACCCUCCAAGAAGCGAAAUACUAAAAUUUUGGACGCGGACCACGGACUGACGGACCACUUGGGUAAUGACGAACGGGCGCUGCGCUUGUUGGUGACCAACGCGAUGGAAAGAAAACACACACACACACACACACACACUGCUGGCGCGGGCAACAUAAGGAGAAAGCUACAAGAACCAAUCAUCAAACACACAGACACACACCCAACACUUUUACACGCAGUUGAGCGAGCGGACGACGCGGCGCUUGUUAUUGUUUUUUCUCAUCCAACACCUCUCGUCUUGGCGUCUAUACUCGCACAUGUACAUCUCUCUCUCUUUCGCUUAUCUCUUUCUCUCUCUCUCCCCACGUAUAUGUGUACUCUCACAACACAAUCUAUAUUUACAUUCUUCCCAGUUUGUGCAAAGGCUCAAUUGUAUGUCUAUGUUGCCAAUGUGCGUGUUUAUGUAUAUAUCUCGAGCCAUAUAUACUCUCCCCAAAGUCCCACUUUAUAAGCCCGUCUGCUAUGAUUGUUGAGUGCUGUAGCCUAAGGCACUCCUUCCUGCGUGUAGACACAAUACCAAAAAAUCAACAGCGAGGAGUUCACCGUGUUGCUCUUCGGUUGUGUGUUAGGCCAUCCACGGCAGCGCAUCCGUCAAAAUCGGGUCGUCGGUCGUUUUUUUUCGUGUGGGUGAAAACGCUCGCCAUUUUCACAGCAUCAGUAUAUCCCUCAGCGCAUUUUGUGUAUGUAAGGCCUCGAUUCCGCCACUCUACUAGAUACUUUCUUUGAUGAUGAACCGAUGCGGAAGUCUAGUAUGCGCACUCUGUUAAACUACUAUACGUACUAUUGAUAUUAUAGUCAUGUUUUUGGGUUAUUAUUUUGCAAAUGCGUCUCCGCUUUUCUCUUGUUGUUUCGUUCUCCCCCCCCCCCCCCCUUUUUUUUGGAGUCGAUUCCGUUUCGUCUUCUGGCGAGGAAGGCGUUUGAAAACGAAGACGUCCUCAUUGAAUUUAGUUUCCCUGUAAAUACUAUUUUCUAUUUUGGAAAGAAAACAAAAUUGAGAUCUGUUAUAAAAUCUAAUCGUCGUUACUUGUCAUAUUUUGUGGUUGUGUUACAAUUUUUUUCUUUGGAAGAAAAUGAGAGGGGAGAUAUUACGCUUGACCUCCACGCUCACUCGUGUUUUCUGGUUCGAAAAAUUCAUCUAUACAGUCUUUUGUUUUUGAAGUUUUGAUCGCAUAAAUUGUACUAUAUAUUAUUUGAACAGUUUCAAUUUGUCUUAACUUAACAGGAAUUUUUUUUAAUGGUUUCUUUCGAUAUUCCAAUCUGCAGCAAACCCAUUUUCAGUCGUAGCUACGUAUGCGUUCCAAAAAGAGAAAAGUGGAGCCAAUAUUUAUCCAUCAUUCAUCUGCGUUGUACAUCCUUCCUGUUCUUCUGCCGCGUUUGGUUACUUUCCAUGUCCAAUGAAACGUUCGUGUUUCCCAGCCAAGUGCUAGCUGUACACACUUUUAAGAUCCACCGGGAAAGACUCGCAGCGCAUAUAGAAGCUCAUCUGAAUGUUACUUUUAUACACGGCAGUCUGUGCAUAUUACACACACACUGCUGGAUGCAGCAGAGAGUGGGAAGGAAGAGAUGAGAUGGAGUAGAGGAAGCGAUCCGUCAGUGAUGCAGCAACCCAUUUCCCAAAGUGAAAGGUACAAUAUAUUGAAGGAAAGCAGAUCUGUCUAGUUUUCUUUUCCCAGACAGCUGCUGCUACGCAUUCAAUUCCAUUGGGCUCGGAGACUAUGUGUGUGCACUGUACAUAUUUAUAGACCCAUAUAACUCAUAUUACAUCUUUGCGGGAGAGCGUCGAACCCAAAAUGUGCAACCAGCAAAUUGUAUUGCGUUUUUUCUUUUCAUUCUUCUCUCCCAAACAAAUACCCCCAGCAACGAACUAAACAGACAACAACUAAACACAUGAAAUUUUUCUACCUGUGAUACAACGACUGACCGUACGUGUAUAAACAACCAGCCAAAAAAAAAAAAAAACAAACAAAAAAACAAAAAAAAAACAACACAAUACAGAAAC